UUCUGCAGUAUUAGCUUCGAACUCGAUUCCUGAGCGGCUAGCUUUCAGCUGCUCCGUGGUGGAAGGUGCUCGUGGCGCACUUCUCUUUUUGUUGGGAUUACAAGGCUGUGCAGACCUUCAAAAAGAGAAGUUAUUUUCCUGCUCUCUAGGAUUAGGAGCAGUAGCCAUCUACUCAGGAGUGGGUAAAUUACUUCCACGUUUUAGAGAUGGCAGACACUGAACAAGUUUCCUCAACAACCCCCAACGAAGAACCAAAAGUUGAGGUGAGUCAGGGAAUGGGGGAUGUAAAAGAACCCGUCAACGAAGCAGAGGCAAAAGUUGUCGAGAAAGAAAUUUCAGACAUGGCUGAGGAGCCUAUAGACACUCCACAGGAACCACCGAUGGAGAUUACGGACCUCUCCUCUAUCCCUUCAGCACCCGAAGUGCCACCAGAAACAGCGCCGCAGGCGCCGGCGGCAGAUUCAGUGACGAGCACCACAGAGGAUGCCACGGAGCAACUGACAAAGGAGGCGGUGACUGAAAAAGCAGCCCCAACAGCGCCAGCACACACGGAGGAGAUUGCAGCAGCUGAACCCGUCCCUAAAACAGAGGAAAAGGCACCCGAGGAAACAACGCCUAAAGUAGAGGAAAACCAUACGCAAGAACCUGAAGUGGAAGCGCCAGUGGCAGCACCAGUGGUUCAAGAACCAGUGGUAGAAGAACCAGUGGUAGUAUCCGCACCGCCUGAACCCGUAGUAUCCGCACCACCUGAACCCGUAGUAUCCGCACCGCUUGAACCCGUAGUAUCCGCACCGCCUGAACCCGCACCAGUGGUUGAAGAACCAGUGGUAGUAUCCGCACCGCCUGAACCCGCACCAGUCGUAGUUGAAGAACCUGUUAUUAUAGCAGAGGAACCACCUAAAGUGGCAGCUCCAGUCGAAGAACCCAUUGUUGUUGAACCCCCUAAAGUAGAAGAGCCAAUUCCUGUACCCGAACCCACUAAAGUGGAAGCACCAGUCGAAGAGGUAUUGCCUGCACCCACGGCACCAUCCUAUGAACCUGCUCUUCCUGCCUUUGCUCCAUCUCAGAUUCUGAUGCAAUUCCCUGGAGAGAACUGGAGUUCUUCAUUACUAGCUUCACAGGAUAGUGCCAAGGUUUCAAUGGAUUCCGACAACAAGGGCAUGAUGUCUGGGCGCUCUGGGUACGAUCACGACCUGCUGGGAGGAUCAGACGAUGACCUUCCCUAUGAGAUGCAGAAGAACCCGUUUCAAGGCAUUAACCUAGGGGAUGGCAUGAGCACUGGGCUUAGUCAUUUUGAAGACGACCCAGUUGGAGGCAGAGCAGCCCAAAUGUCUGAGAGUCCGACACCGGAUUUAGUUCAAUACGCACAUGACGGAGAAAUGCAAGAUAGCUCUCCAUUUCAGGAUAUAGAGAAAACCUAUGAUCCGGUUCCGACGGCACCAGAGCCGGCCAUGCAACCUUUCAGUUCUUCGCUACAGUUCUCAACAGCUACCGCAGAGGACGAACAACCUGGCUUGCCCCCAGUUCUGCCCGACAUUUUGAAGUCCUCACCUCUGAACCCAGACAAGAUUGACUCUGGCUCCUCUGAAGGGAGUCCAGACCUCAGCCCGGUCCACAGACGAGGGACUGAAUCACCAAACAUCCCCAUAUCUUUGUCUGCCAACAAUCCUUUCACUUUUGACUCCAAGAUCUCACUCUUGAAGGAAAUGGCUGAAGAAACAGAAGCCAAAGCGAAAGCGAAUUCCCCUGAAGAGGAGAAAGUCACUGAGCAGAGCUUUGGUGCCUUUGACCUUGUCAAGGAGACCAAGGACACUCAUGACAUUGAGCCCCCACAAGAUGAGUAUAAAGAUUGGAACCCAUCCAACCUGGUGUCUGCUAAGGUAGCAGACAAGUUUGAGUGUCUAAACUUCCCUAGUGGGAAAGCUCGAGAAGAUUCCGACUCUGAAAGUCCCUCAGCAGAUUCUUUGUCCCCAGUUUUGGAAGCGAUGGCUAAAAACCCAGCAAUCUUCCAGGUAGAGAGUGACAAGGUGGUGCCUGAGGAUAAAGAGGUAGUUGAGGCAGCGGAAGAAGUAUCUGAGCAGGAAGUCUCCUCUGAAGAGUUUGAGUUUGUCGAAAGACCACCCCGGGGAGCAAUUGAUGAGUUUUUGGAAACGCUGGAUUCCACAAAGUUCUCAAAGACAUCCGAGUUCACUAUGGACGAAGAACCAACCUCACAUUUUAAGCAAGAAGACCACGUGUCUGGGGUAUCCUCAACAUCCCAGGAAAUGUCAGCCAAUCAGAGCUCAUACCUUCUUCUCACAGAGCCAGGAAAGUCUUCUCCUCAGAGGAGCAAGGCUGGCCUCGAACUAGCAGAUGUCGAGGAGUCCCUCUUCCAAGCCCCUCCCUCUCAGUCCUACACAGGCCCAGCAAAGACAACUGCUGAGAAGACCAGUGUGAAGAUGCCAAACCUUAAUGUUGGAUCAGUGGUGGACCUCCUGUACUGGCGCGAUGUCAAGACCACGGGCGUGGUGUUUGGGGCGAACCUGCUGCUUCUGUUCUCCCUGACUAUGUGCAGCAUCAUCAGCGUUCUCUCUUACGUGGCCCUGGCCCUCCUUUCGGUCACCAUCACCUUCAGGAUAUACAAGGGCAUCCUCCAGGCCAUCCAGAAAUCCGACGAGGGGCACCCAUUCAAGCUGUACCUGGAUAAGGAAUUGGCAUUGUCUGAGGAGAUGGCUCACAAGUACAGCGAUGUGGCUUUGGCCCGCAUCAAUUCCUUCAUCAUCGAACUGCGACGACUAUUCCUGGUUGAAGACCUGGUGGAUUCACUUAAGUUUGCUGUGUUUAUGUGGAUUCUGACCUACAUUGGUGCCUUGUUCAAUGGACUUACCCUCCUCAUCUUGGGUUUGAUUGCAGUGUUCAGUUGUCCAAUUGUCUAUGAAAAGCACCAGACACAAAUUGAUCAUUACUUGGCCAUGGUUAACAACCAGGUUAAAGACAUUGUUGGAAAGGUCCAGGCAAAGGUGCCUGGUCUUAAGAAGAAGGCAGAGUGAAGUGUGGAGAGCUGAUGUCAGCUCUUCUGAGACUGUGUGAGGGUCUGGCGAAGAACGGGGGAAUCUGAAGCCCUCCUCAUCACUUGUUCUUUCAAAAGUGUUUUCCACUGCAAAGAAAUUCCCAAUGACCUGUGGAAAAUAAUAAUAAUGAUAAAAAAACCAGGAUUCACUCGUUUUAUUUUUAUCACUAGCUCGUCAGUGUAGCCAUUUGUAAAUGAAGUUACAUCAAAUUUCUUAUUUAUCGGAAGAAAAACAAUGAAUAAACGAUACACUGGUUUGAUGAAAUCGAGUCCUUGCUCAUUGAAAAGGAGUGUAUUUCACUUUAAACUGUCCUGAAGUGUGUGAGCUGGUUCUUUUUUGUAGUGUCUUUCACGGGUUAGGAAGUUAUUACUUUUUUCAUCUUUUUUAAGAGGAAGGGUUGAAUGGUACCAUGAUGACAAAAAGCAUCUGUCCAUAUAUUACUUUUUGGUAUGGUUUAGUGAUAUUGUGAUUUUACUGUUUUAUUGAUUGACUGUAUAGUGGUCUUACUGGGUCAGACAUGCACUAUGCUGUAUACCUGGAGACAACCAUUUAGCAAAAAAAAUGGAAAUGACUAAAUGGCAAACUGAGUUUGAAAUGUGUCAACCUACCUAAUCCUUUUGAUGGCUGAGCUCAAAGUGAGGACAGACUAUUUGUGCUACAGUAUAUGCUAUGAUGCAGUUAAGUUAAGAGCUGGCUAGGGCUUCAUGGGACAAGCCUGAGUUGUUGUCACUGUCUGGAACUUGAGUCCACCUCAAAUACUUCAGCAAGUUGUCUCCAGUCUUCUACUGACAUCCGAAAGUGAGGAGUCAUGUCUGCCCCAGUGACACCAACUGUAGAGGUUCACAAAAGCUUCUAGGUCUUGAUUGUGGCUCUUGUGUUUCUCUAGCCACACCAAGCUGCUCCAUACCACUUCAUGCUUCAGUAUCUCUAGAAACCUUUUAGACCUUUGCGAGAUAAAAAGUGCAUCGACUAAGCCAUCGUUUCACCUCAUUGCAGCUACCUAGUUAAACUCAAGACGAAACACGUUUACAGACAUUGACUUUAAUUUACAAUAACUAUAUAUGCUGUCUUUCUGUGGACCCAGUAUCUAAAGCUGCAGAAUAAUUUAACUUGGAAACUUCAAGCAUUGUUUGUUAUGCAAGUAACGUUAUUAAUUGUGAAUGAUUCUUCAUACAGUUGUUAUGAACUCUAAUGAGAAUUGUCUGUGGAAUGCAUUGUGAACUGUAAACAAGUAUCAAUAAAGCUUCUAGAAGAA